AUGGUUUUCUUCUCUGUUGAGGAAGGCGUCUGGGCGGAGCUUCUUGGCUCAGAAAGAGGAAUUGUUGGAGGAAGAAUCUACCAUUACGCAUGGCAUCCCUGCAUCCUGCGUCCUAGCAGCUCGGCUACAGGAAUCUCGCCGCCGGUACGAGAUCUGUUCAUAGUCAGUGGCACGGGGGUUGGUUCUGCAACUUCAAGUUUGUGGUUGCCGUCGACGUUGAGAGUGCCUUCUACCGAGAGGAAGAAGAUGAAAGGGGAUCAGUUUGUUUUUUUUAAUUCAAUUUCGUGA